AUGGAGGACUGUAUCGAGGUCAUCCUCGAGGAGCACAGCAGCAGGUGGCUCAGUCAUCAGCAGUCCAGCCCCAAUGUCACCUUACUGAUCGGAUCUGCCUUCGCUGGAGUCUAUGGCCUCUGGUCCAUAGAGAAGUUGAGAGAAGCUAGGGAAGCUGAAAAGGUCUGGUAUGAUAUUCUCCCUGGUGCCAUUUCAACAAAAGAACAAACUCUAAAUGUUAUCAAGCUUCUAGAAGGACGCAGAGGCUAUCUGGCUGACCUGGGAUCAGGCGAUGGAUGUUUGGUAUUUGCAGCAGCGUCAAUGGGAUUUCAAUGCACUGGUUUUGAAAUAAACUCCAUAUUAUUGGCCUGUUCAAGGAGUAAAGCAUGUUGGCGUGGCAUACACACUGAUAUUCAUUUCGUUAAACAGGACUUCUGGAAGACGGAUCUGUCCAAAUACAGAAACGUGUUUCUGGCUCCUGCAGUGAUGGGGGUUCUGGAAGAGAAGUUGUUAAAGGAACUUCCUGAGGAUGCCAGAGUCAUUGUGUGCCGUUUCCCUUUUCCUCACUGGCCCCACAGCUGCACUGCUGAAUCUGGAUUAAACCAGGUCUGGGUUUAUGAUGUGCACACUGCUAGAGAACCAUCCAGAACGUCACCAAUCACAGGCCUGAACCAGCCUACUGGUCACCAGUGAGCAGUUGAUUCUCAAUGGUCAACAACAAACAAGCCACAUGCAACUCAGAAAUCAAGAUAUUUUGCAUUUUAUAAAAGCUUUA